AGUAAUUUCCGGUGAAGCGCUUCCGGUGACAAACAAAUGCAGAAAUGGCGAUAUCGAUACAGUAUUGGGCUAAUUAUACUACAGACAAACCGAAGCUUAUGCGAAAAUCAGAGAAUGCUGUAUAUAGCAAUCAUGUUUUGAAGUUUCUCUUCGACAACGAGACGAAUAUAGUUAAUGCAGUGGUUCAGGCGUCGAUGAAGAACAAGUCAUACAAAGUAACAGUAAGCAGCUCUAGACGAUGGCUAUGCCGUAUCUUCGACAAAUUGUGAGUGUCCUUUAGGGAAGUUUGUCUGUCAUCACGUUGCAGCAGCACUGUUGUAUGGGUACAAAUGUGUUAGUAAGACUGAUGUGAAAUGUGGAUGGCUAAAGAAUCCAAAGACAGCCAUUAAAACAGAUGUUAAGACAAUGGAAGAAUUAUUUCCACCAUCUCAACCUGAUUAUCACUAUGGAAUGGAUUCUUCAGCCAGAACCAUGUGAGCCAGGCCCCCCUGCUCCCAUCAUAGAAGAUCUCUUGACCAGUGCAGAAUUUGUUCAUUCUGAUAUGCCCAUGGUAUGGUUAAGACGAGCUCUGAUUUUGUCUGAAGAAGUCAUAACAAAUACUGCACUGGCAACCAAGGGUCAAAGAAACAAUCCAAUGUGGUCAAUCAUCAGAAAAAACAGGAUAACAGCAUCCAAUUUUGGAGCAGUGCUCAGUACAAAGAGAAGACAAAUUACCAUUUCUCUCAAGAAACGUCUCAUGUCCUCAUACAACUUAGAAUCCAUCAAAGCAGUUGCUUGGGGAAUUACACAUGAGGAACAUGCACUGAAGAAAUAUGAACAUGAAUUUAAUGCUUCAGUGCAACAAACUGGGAUUUGGCUGCACGAGUCUGGCGUUUUAGGUGCAUCUCCAGAUGGUUUAGUCCUGCACCCACCAACAUGUGAUGUGAAUUUCCAGACACCAGAGGCUCGAGAUGCUGUUCCUGAUAUAGUUGAAGUGAAAUGUCCUUACUCUGCAGCACAUUUAACAAUAUAUGAGGCAGUGCACAGUCUAAAGGAUUUUUACCUUGAAUACAGAGAAGGCUUUUUCUACCUCAAGUCCAACCAUCCUUACUUUCACCAGAUACAAGGCCAGCUCCAUUUGUGCAAUAAGAACUGCUGUGAUUUGAUUGUUUGGACUACUAAAGACUGCAAAAUUAUCCGGAUCACCAAGGACUCUGAGUGGACAAAGAACAUUGCACAAUUAAUAGAAUUUUAUUUUAACACUUUCAUUCCAGAACUAAUUAAAAAUUAACAAGAUGUAUUGAAAUAACACAUCUAAUAAAACAAAAGAAAUCAG